AUGCCGGUCGUCGAGGAAUCGGCGCUCCCGCACACGAACGAUGCCAAGCACCCCAUGGCCGAUCUGCCACUGUUCUGCACCGUUCCCACGGAAGCGCAUGCGGUGACAUCUAACGCCACCAACACGACGAGCGAGUGCAUUGCCAUGGACACGAUAGACAAGAUUAUUGCCGCUGAUACCGCCGACCUUGCGUUGCGCCCCAGCCCCAACCUGACGAGCGUGCAGAUGCAUUUGGGCAAAAGCCACCAUCACACGGAGCCUGCCGUUGAGUUUAACGAGACGGAUUUGUUCAUACGCAAGGGCGCCGUUCCGCUCAGCUACGUCGAGUGGGACUUUGCGGCGGGCGCCGGCGCGCUUCCUCACUUGCGCCGCUUUGCGAGCCAGCAGGCAGACCAGAUUGCCGCGACGUGGCCCAAGCGCACUGUCAUUGCUGCGGCGAAUGGCUACUGGCGCUCACUUGCAGACUUGCACUACCCCAGGCAAUGGACGUCGCUUCGCGAGGACGUGCGCAGCAGAAUUGGUGGCGACCAAGGCAAUCAGGAGCCAUCUCGCUACCUGAACCUCGCUGUCUUUGUUGCGGUACAGUUUAUUGUUGCGUGCUUUAUGCUGCUACCCAUCCUGCUCUGCCUGCAGUCUGCGUCCUCGUCGCUUGUGCCGCUCGCUGCUGCUGUAUACCUAUGCAUGAUUACGAGCGCAAUGCUUUUUGGCCGUCUCUACUUUGCGCUCUCUCCCGAGCUCUAUCCUCCCAACAAGCUGGGCGUAUUUUCCCGCGCGUUCCUUUUCCUCUCCUACGUGUGCUUUGUGCCGGAUGCCAUACGGCUUAUUACACGUGCUAUAAGCAUUGUUUGCGACCCGCGCGCCUGCCUACACUCUUUCAGCGGCAUGGUAGGUGCCUUGCGCGAAUUGAACAGAGGCGGCUGUGCAGCGCGGCGCGCGGAAACAGCGCCACUCGUGCUGCAGACGCAAAAAAAAAACGGAUCGCACUCCACCACGAGCACAGACCAGACAUUGACUGGCUCGGUCGGUGCGAGCAGUCCCCACCAGGAAACGAAGCUUGCCGACGGCACGGAGGUAGAGCGGUUCUUGUUCGACCGCAAAGCGAUACUCGACUCGCCGCUCUCGUCGCACGCCUCCGAGAUGCAUGACGUGGACGAGGAAAUGCGUUUGCCCCUUGCUCAGGACUCGCGACUCGACAAGCUCAUGCAGCCAUACGUGCGCUUCUCCAAGGCACACCCCGUCUUCACCACCACCCUUUCCUACGUGUACAUCACUGUCUCGCGCGGCUUGUUGCCGUUUGCUUUUGCGGUGCUCUACAUUGCAGUUGCCAUCUACUCUGGCUCGUGCAGAAAAAUGUACAAAAACGUGUGCUUGGCGCAUGGCAUCAAGGGCGCCAUUUUUUUCUGGUAUGGCGUCCUCUCAUUUUCGCGGUACCUCGGCGCAUUUGGCGAGUAUGGAUGGGCGUGGAACAAGCGGCCCACGCUGGAAAACAGCAUGCACAGCACUGCUGCACGCUGGCGCCGCAACAUGCCUUCUGCCGAGUUCAUCGAGUGCUUUGUUAUUUUCCUCUACGGUGCGACGAAUACCUGGAUGGAGCGUUUCGGCGCAAAGUCCGGCGACCCCUACACGGUCAAGCAGAUCCAGCAUAUUUCCAUCGCCGUCAUGUUUUGGUUUGUUGGCUUGGUAGGCAUGGGUAUGGAGUCGGUUCGUGUGCGUACACUGCUUUCCCGCGCCAUUGUGCGCACACAUCCCUCUGCACUCCCGGCCCAAGAUGGGGACGAGCUGCGCGCCCAGACGCCGCCGCCAUCGUACGUGGCAAGCUUUAAUCCAUUCCCAGCGCUGGUCAUUGGUGUCACGGGCGUUGCCAUGGCUGCACAUCACCAGGACUAUGUAUACGAAGUGCAGGUCCACAUGCUGUGGGGCGAGAUGCUCGCCGCGUUUGGCCUCUUGCGGUGCCUCACGUACUUUAUCCUUUGGCUGCGCCCCCCAACGAGCGUCUUGCCCAGUCGGCCGCCGACCGAGGCGCUCGGAAGCUUUGCGCUCUGCUGCGGGGGUCUCUUGUUUAUCCUUUCCAACGAAGAAGUGUCGUUUGCAGCGAUGCGUGCGGACUACGGGGACUUUAUGGCGAUGCUCAACUUGGCCGUCGCUGUCGUCGCGCUUGUCUUUUUUUGGAUCUUUAUCGUGAUGGUCGUCAAGGCCUGGGCGCAUGCGCACGAGUUUACCAGCACGAAAUCCGGCGCGCUUCAUGCGUACACACAAAAGAGCCGCGUGCGUGCGACAAAUCGUGCGCACCCAUGGCUGCAAGAACAGCAAUUUGUCCUCUCGGACCCCGCCAUGGAGGCGUCACAUCCCCCCUGCUAG